AUGUCCUCUGACACACGCACAUUUGUGUUAAAAAAUCCUUUGGGCAGCGGCAGCGAUGUUGACAUAUUUAUGGCUAUGUGUGUACUGAUCAAGAUCGUAAAAGUGGAGUGGGCUACGGUGAUGACGUUGAAGCGCAAAGAUUCGUUCUGUCGCGUGUUGAGAUGUCGUCGUCUGGGGUCGCAAGGCGUAGCUUACGUCGAUCUUGUAGCUGCGGUGGCUGCAAAGAAACAGACGGCAGUUGAGAUGGAGGAGGACCAAACUCACACAUGCAUGGUUAGGCAUCACCUGCUUAGUUAUCGCUUAUAUUACCCUAUCGUAAUCGAGACAUUAAGAUGGCGUUCGACUUCCUUCUAUCCCAUUUUCGUGGCAUGUUGUGCGCUCAAAGGUGCGUGGUAUGUGUAUAAAAAAUAA